UGUCAUUUCCCUCGGCCAGUUUAUCACGCUGAAUUUUCACCCAGUUUCCACAAUUUAUUUCCAAAGUUAGAAGUUAGACUAGGUUCGUUAAAAACUGGCCAGAUUGGUCAAAUAUCAUCUAGAAUUUGAUAAUGUCGGGUUCAUAUCCGCCACCAAUUCUCCCAAAGCUGGCAAGCGGCCUUCCUUUUAUAGCACCUAAACCAAGUAUGCCAGGCCAGGGUGUUAAUGGAAGUCACUCAGACCCAAACAAUAUGGAAGAAAAACGAGAAAACGGAUCUAGCCCAGGUUCAAGAUCAUCUUCUGAAAUUUUCGAAAUGGAUGCAGAUUUGGCCAGAAGGACAAGUCAACGCAAGCGCGCUAAAGUAUGUUUCACAGUUUGUCUUCAUUAUCUAAAAUUUGUCAUUCAUGAUAUAUUAUGCAACAUUCUUCACUUCACUGUCAACAAUACGGUUUUGUGUUGCGCUUUAGCCUUUUAAUUAAGGCUUCGGAUGAAAGUCUUGCUAGAGCAGAAAAGACUCAUCCGAGGUCUUUAGAAUCACGUUUUUAAAGGGAAAUUUCUCGUGACCUCCGAUCCAGGGACUCUAAAUUUAUGCAUCACACUAAAUAAUCUGUCAAAGCGUCGAUUCCUGAGUGGCUGGAAGCUCGUUGGAGUCACAUGGCCUUUGUUUUAGCGCAUUAUUUGAUAUGUUCCUUGUUAGCAUUUGCUAAACGUUCUUGAAUUAUGGUAAGCCAAAAAGUUGCAUAAACUUCGGAAACGCUUCGUUUCCUCUCGGAUGGGAGUAAAUGAGAGAUUUUCGACUAGAAAUGAAAGGCACUACGUCACUCCGUAAACAAUGAAACUUUGUAAUCGCUAACACGCAACGGACGAAAGCUACGGAAAUAUUAAUUGAAACAUGCAUUCAGCUGGAAUUUUAUACAGCGCAUUUGUUAUAUUUCAUUUGACCACUCUUUCACGGUCCGCCGUCUUCCUUCCUCUUAUAAAUCAGUUUAAUUUUUUUUGGCUUUGCGGGCUAUGGAAUUGUUUACAUAUUUCAUGCGGGGUGGUCACGAGGCAAUGAAUUGUCCGCGAGAAGAAUGGGCGAUUUUCACUCGCUUUAUCGUUCAUUUAUUGUUCGCGUCGAGAUUUUCAGUUAAAAAGUUGAGAAAUCUGUCCGUCUUGGGGGAAUUCGAAUAAAGUCCUUCGCAUUUUUGGAAGAAUUCGCAGCGGAUGUUUCCUAAUUCAAUAUAAUGGAGGUAAGAUUCGUAAUAGAGUACCGUAGAAACAAACUUCCUUCGCUACAGUCGUUCCGUUCCGCGAACCAUCCAAGGGAAAGCUUGAGGUAAAACAAAAUUGUAUCUUUUGUCGAUAAAGCUUGGAUUUAAUAGUCCAGGGUGCAUGUUAAGGCUUAUUUUCCAUGGCAAAGCUUGAAACUGGGAAAGAUUGUCGAUUCAUUCAACGAAUUCGUCGCACAAGUUGCUUACAUGAUAGACACGUUUGUUCCAUGUGUUUUUGACGCUUGGCGAUGAAUAGAUCUCGGUUUUUUCUUUAGAUUCAAAUUGAAAUUAGCGAUUAUGUUUUUCCUCAGACUGAAAAAUCGUUUAAGGAAAUUACUGUGUGUUAGCUCUGCAAACUAAAAAACAAAUACAAUCUUGCUCUGGUCGUCUUUCUUCUGAUGACAAUAAUAUUGCAUAACAUUGUGAGGGAAAUUUUCUACUUGGAGCUUUACAAAUUAAUUUAUUUUCCGCUCAUUUGAAGAUUGUUGUUUAGAAUAGAUACAAGUUCCUACAAUGUUUGUUUUGGUGUUCGUGUAAAUUUCUACAAAGUAAGACCUGUUUCAAAUGUGGUGCUAUGGCUGUGCUAAGCUUGCUCCAGGUUGAAUUCGAAAAUUAAUAAACAGUUUAGCCAACUCUAUAAACUGUGAUGAGAGGAAGCAAUAUGAAUAAAUUGAAACCAGCCAAGAGGUAAAAUAUGUGAAAAAAAAAAAAAGAAAACAAACUCAAAAUUACCUUAAAAAAAGAGAAAAUAACUUUCCUCUGGCAGGAGUCGAACCCCAGACCAUUAAUAUGUUUGGUCAGCACCUUAACAAUUCAAAAAUACAUUUGAGGAAAGUAAGCAAGGUUUUGAUGGUAAAGGCUGUACCUUUCCUUCAGGGAAGGAAGUGGGGGAUCCCAGGUAGGUGAGGUAACUCGCUUAGGUGGGGUAACCCGCCUGUCCAUAUAAUCUCUCAUUUUAAUUUGAUCACGUUUACAUUGAUAGGUGGGGUGACCCGCCAAGGCAGUAGCCCGGUCUACCAGACCGGGUUACCCUCUCAGCCGUUGUCAAAUUUUGCCAUGUAAACAUUUCAAGGUGAGGUAACCCGCCUGGCCGGGGUCGGAUUCGUAAUACAUCAAAUUUGCACAAAAUUCACUUGGGCAGUGGCUUUGCAUCAUCAUGAAAGUUAACAAUAGAAAGCCGUUGCACUGAAGGUUGCAGCAAGAGCAACAAGGAAGUGUAGAAGUGCAUUAAUCGCCAACAUUCGUGGUUUGCCAGCAUUUUUCUUGUUUAUGUGCUUAGCGACCAUUCAAUAAUCUUGAGAAAGUGCACUCCGGGAUGGCGGGGUUGUAUGAUUGCAUGUAAAGGAGGGUUAUUUUAUCACCCCACCGAAGCAGUUUACCUCACCUACCUGGGGUCCCCCACCUCCAAGUAAACAGGCCCUAAAAAGCUGUCAUUUUUGCACUAGGUUGAAUAUACUGAAGUUGAUGUGAAAUUGGCAAAUCUGACAGAUGAUGAGUUAUCUGAUGAUGAAAUCAUUCAAAGAACCACAUCAAGGUUGUCACCCAGUAUGGAAGUUGAUGAUCAACCUGAUGAAGAAGAAGAGGAAGAUGAUGUGCCAAAAGGUUGGUAGUCUUGUUUUGCAAGUUACCACAAAUAACUCUUGAACGAAAGAUGUGAUCUUGUAGUUACUGUCUUGAUGUGGUGACAACGGUGCUUAUUUUACUUUGGUUGCUAUAGCUGUAGGGUGCUUUUAAGAGACAGGUCACUUAUUUAAUGACUUGUCACCUAUUUGAAUGACUUUGCAGUGAGUGGAAACAACAGUGUAUUUACUAAGUGGGUUGAUUGUGAUUGUUUGGGUGAAUGUAGUUCUGAAUAGGAUGGUUGUUGAUGAUGUUUUGACAACUUGUGUGGUAGUCAUCGUCAGAGUCAAAGUGAGUUGUAUCACGUCAGUUGAUGGUAUUAUACUCUGGUUAUUGAUCUGAUUAAUUAGUCAUGAUAUUAUCGGUCGUCCGUCAGUAAAGCUGUGAUGUUAUAGGCUAUGAAGACUCGUAAUGUCAUUGGUGCAUUUCGAUCCGUCUAUUGUCACAGUCAAACAGUCUGUACCUUAGCUAUUCAAGCUUACUGGACAUCAGGUCAUUUGUCGGGCCUGUCAGUAAGGAGCGGGGAACAGGGAUUUCCCCUGGCUACUACAUGUAUGAGUGUGACCGCCUUCUACUUUCAUAUAGGAAACAAAACGUAAAUAGAACCAAGACAACUUCCUAGCCAUUCAGUUCACCACCUUCUAACUGCAUAUACCCAGCAACGUGACACAUUAGUGACAGCCUUGAUUUGUGACUACAUAAUGAACCAGUUGGUGCUAGUGUAUUACUGUACUUUUUACAAUCAGAAUGAUAUUGCAGUGAUCAAACUUAGCAGAUGAAUCAGAACCAGAAAAUUCUAGGUUUAACUGAGAUUCACUCACUGAUAUCAUUAUCUUUUGGCAUGACAAAGCCCAACAAGGCUCUUGUCAUCUACGGUAGAGUCUCUUGCCAAAUUUUCCUCUUCAGGCUCAUAUUGUCAAAUUUUCAAAUGCUGUGAUAGUGAUUUGCAAUGAUUUUGUAUUGACAGGACUAGAGGGUGCAGCUUUCCAGAGCAGACUGCCAUUUGACAAGUUGACAUCACAAGAGGCAACCUGUUUUCCUGAUGUAUCACAAGGUCCCCCUUCCAUUCAGAAACAGUUCUUGUACAUCAGAAAUAGAGUGGUAUGUAAACCUUUUUUGGUUUUAGAUUUAGCAUUUUUUAGGAUUAGAAGAUAAUUUGAAGAUGCUAAUACAUGCAUCAUAAUUUGUAAAUUUUAGUAUCCUCAAGCUUACCCUUCGGAAUAAUAAAGAAAGAAAGGUGCCUCAGUGACUUUUCUUUCAUAGGCAUUUUACUUCACUAGGAAAAAAAAACAAGAGAACAUUUUUUGGCUAAUGAAUACUGUUUGUUUGUGGUACAGUUACAACUAUGGAUUGAGAAUCCAAGACAACAGUUAACUGUGGAACAAGCAAUUUCACGCCUGGAGCCACCUAAUAAUAGUAAGUUCAGUGUAAUUUCUGUACUCAUGCAGUAAAAGAAAACCAAGUUAAAUUUCACCUUGCAUUUAAAAAAACUUGCCCUGCAUUAGACUUUGGCUUGCAGUCAGUGUGUCUACCUGAGGAUAGAGUACAGAAAGUUGAAGAAGGUAAAAGAAGAGACUGGUACACUUCUUCAUAAGGUACCUCAGAAGCUAAAGGUGGUUAAGUUUUCUCAAAUAUCAUGCUUUCAUAAGUAGAUGUUUCUGUCACUCGUUCAGUACCUGUAGCUGACUCAUUUUUCUGGAAAGUACUGUACGUUGGUAGACGUAGAUGUAGCUGGGGAGUGAUUCCGAUUACGAUCUGCAAUAUUCCAAAUAGGACAGUGUACCUCAAAUCAAAUUUUCAACCCCUUUUUUUUUUGAAAAAAAGAUUUAACUGGUGAGAUCCAAACCUCUUUCCCUAUUCUUUUGACUAUAUUUUUGAAGCUGGGCUCACAGUUAUCUUUUUUUGUGAAUGUAGAUGAUCCAAAGCUGGCAGCCAGAGUCCAUGCCUUCCUUGCAAGGUAUGGCUUAAUUAACUUUGGAGUGUACAAGGUUUUGAAAAUGCCUCCACCAGGUAAGUGUUCUAAUAAAUGUAAUUUGAAGUAUUGUUACAUAACUGUAAUAGUGUGCCGCAUUAGGAGAGCACAACCUAAGCUAAAUAAGGAAGAGGUCUUGGCAAUAGCUUUUAACAGAAAGAAACUAGAUUGUUUGGUAGGUUGGACAAGGUACCAGACACAGAAAUUCUUCAGAAAUUCUUGUAAAAAACUCAGGUGUGUCUGCAUUUCCAAAGAAAAUUAUACGCUUUCUACUGUCAGAACAACAAAUGAAAUAAUUUUUUGUCUUGUUGAUGAAGCAACAUAGUUCAUGUAAAUAUAAGUUCUUCUUACUUUGUUUUGUUUUGUUUUUUUCUUGUUGUAUUUCCUCUGAUUUUACCUGCUACCUAGAACCUAAAUUAUUCAGGGAGCUAACAAGAAAACCAACUGGUUCAUUUAGCUUCUUAGCUUGCACAUUUAUUCUCACAACAUUUAGUAUAUCUUGAACUGUAAUUAAAUUUCCUAGAGUGUAACAUUAACCAUGUACAUCGACAAAAGCAUAAUAAGGAUAAUUUUGAUUAUUGGUAUUAUUGAUUAUUUGUUAUUCACCACCCCAAAGUCCUAUUCAGUUUUUGUUGUUUAACUCCUCAUUCACGAGCUGUGAGGGAGGUGUUCAGAUGUGUUUACCAAAAGAUUCAAAUCCUCCAUAGAACAAUAAUAUAAUAUUGAUCAUUUAAUUUAUUAUUACUGUAUAUGAGUUUUUUUAAUUCUUGUUGUUUGUGGGUUUUUUGUUUUGUUCUUUUUAGUAAAGAAGGCUCCUAAAGUGAUCGUUGUUGGUUCUGGAAUCUCAGGUCUCACUGCUGCGCGGCAGUUGCAGUCUUUUGGAAUUGAUGUUACAAUUGUUGAAGCCAGGGUAAAUAUUUGUUGUCAGUUUAGAAAUGUUGCAUUUGCACUCUUUGUUCAUGUACAUCACUGUUGUCCCUGGGAAGAAGUUUGAAAAGUCCAGGGGAUAUCUGAUUUAUUUGUUUUUGAAGAGUAAUCAAACAAGGCUGAAUGUACUGCUGGAAGAAUCUGAUUAUUUAAUUUCUUGGCUUCUUCAGAAAAACAAAUAUAUAUGAUCACCUCUGAGCUAUAUAUUCAGACUUACUUCAUUGCAAUGAAGUAAUAUUAUUGCAAUCCUGUUUAGAUCCAGCAGGAACAUCAGUCCUUGCUGCAAAAUAAGUUUGCCUUGUAAAACACGCAACAUGUACAGAUUCUUUUGCGAAAAGUAGAACUACUCUCUACUUUGUGUAACCACUUUUCACAACCUGCACUAACCUGAUUUGUUGCAAGACAGGUUGAUUUGUAGGUGUUAAAAUAUGUAACAUCGCUAUUCAACUUGUUAUGCAGCAAUGUUGCAAAGCAAGUUACAUGGUUUUGUUGCCUGUUUUAUUUUACCUUUGCUAGCAUCCCUGCUGCGGGUUUUGGGCGUGGGUAAUAAAAAAUGAUUGUAUCAUGGAUAGGCAGUCUGUUAUAUGCAUGAUUCUUUGUCAUUUACUAAUUUUAAUAACCUGUUUAAUCCUUUUAUCCUUUGAUUAAGAUCCUUGCAAUCUUUUUUAAUGCUGCAGGAGCGUGUUGGUGGAAGGGUGGCAACAUUCCGUAAAGGCCAGUACAUUGCAGAUCUUGGGGCCAUGGUUCUUACUGGACUGGGUGAGUAAUAUAUCUGUUUAGCUUUCAAUGCACACAUACUGAGUCGUGCCAAGCAAUUUCUCCCUGAUAUAUUAGGGCUGUAUUUCAGGAUUUUUUGUGAGGGAUUUCGAAGCACAAUUUGGAAAAACCUAUAUUUUUCACAACCCACACUGUCAGUAAUGACUGAUUUCCUUGAACAGGGAUUUCUAUUCAUAAACACACUGAUUUCCCAACACUCAAUUAAGGUUUUACGUGUACAUAUGUAUUUGUGCUUGACUUACACUAUUCAUCCAUGGAUGCACUUGUCAGCUGAUUACAUUAAUUUUGUCAUUUUUCCAAUUCUAAAUUAGUGCCUGACAGCUAACAAGAAAUGACUUAAAAAUUCACACAAACCACUAUGAUGACCUGUUUGGCACCUGUCAAAACAAAACUGUGAACGGAUUUCCCAGUAGAAUUUUUGAUUUUGUCUGAAAAACAAACUCCAAAGUCACUUGCCAGGGGAAUUUAAACUAGGCAGUGUUCCUGAAAGAAGUAGAAAUGAUGGCUUUCCAUGAUGCAAGCAGCUUAAAUGAAUGAAAAAUAUCAAAGCAUUCUUCAGGACUCUUAAUCUUGACCUGGCUUAAGUACUAGUUUUUAACCCACUUGUGUAGGUAAUGAAGCACUGCUGAGUUGUGGUUAUGUUUUAUAUUGACCCUUGUAUUUUUAGGUGGAAAUCCUCUUUCAGUGUUAUCUGAUCAAAUCAACAUGGAGUUGCAUAAGAUAAGGCAAAAGUGUCCUCUUUACGAGACUCAUGGAAAGUCGGUAUGAAUAGCUGCUAGCUAUUUUAGCCUCAAGAACACACACACACACACACACUUCCCACAGUCCAAUGUGUUCACAUAAUAUGUAAAUGAAGUAGCAGUGGAAAAGAAAACAGUCCUUUACUUUCCCAGAGUGGAGUUUUGUUUCAAGUCUCUUUCAUUUCCAAAAUCAGUCUGCUAAAAAUAUACUCGGUUCAAAAUGAUUGCUUUUCAGAAGACCCUUUGUCUUGAAAUCACAUCAGGGUCUCUCUGACCAUUACACUAUUGAAUGUUGUAUUCCUUUGGGAAAAAGCUUUUUAUCUGAUGCCAUUCUUCCAGCCUCUGCCAGAAGUAUCUACCAUGAAUAUUCCUUUAUAAAUAGUUUUGCAGAGUGAUGUGUAUCUCACAAGAUAUCCACUGCUUCUUUGGUCUUUUCUUGGCUGUUGGGAAAGUGUUCCGUGUUGUAAUAAGGCUUUUUCACUUAAACCAUUUAAGUGCCAAUAGUGACCAACAACAAUUUUCUCCUAACAAUAUCCAUUCACUGUCAAGAGAUAAAGUUAUGAGAAUUAAUAAAAUGAUCAUCAUAGAGAAAAUUCCAUGAUCUUUUAUCAAAAUUAAUUCUCUCAGCGGAUUCUUAAAGGAGAUGUAUGGAGAUCAGUUUGGAGAAUUUGUAUGUAGACAUUUGGGCUUAAAGGGUUAAUGUACAUUGCAAUCAACUGACCCCUUUCUUUGAUUUGUUUUGGAUUGGAGUGUUUGUUGUCCGUUAUCUGAGACAGGCAAAAGAGGAAAACUUUUAACAUUGAAUUAAACUCAUACACUGCACAUUACUUAACAUUUUUAUUUGUACUAAUCUUACUAACGAGUUACGUUAUAGAAGAGCAACCCUUGUCCUACUGAUGAAAGCUGCACCGUCAUGUCAAUUUCUCACAUGAGCUUUACUAUACUGUAAAAUUCUGAAAAUGAGUCCCUGAAAAUAUGCCCUCUCUCAUUUUGAAACAAAAAAAAAUUUCCUCAAGUCCCUGGUACUCUUUUUAAAUUACGUUUGUUGUCGUGUUUCUAAGACGAGGACGACUAGGGAACAAGAUUUUCCGAAUGCUAAGUAGUACGGGCGUGUUGAAACAAUGUCAUUUUGCUGGGAAAAUGUGAUAGCCACCAUCAUUCUACUAUGAGUUUUGAGAGAAUGUCAUAACCGCGAAAGCAAGUUAUCAAAUGUUAGAAAUUUGAUUGUUUGGCGAUUGGGGUGUGGGGGGGGCUUUACCUCCUUCAACAGAAAUAAGCGUACAAACUUUUGUGUUGAAGAAAAAGUACAAAGAAGCUUUCUGUUUGGGGUAUCUGUUUUUAAAGGAUAGGCGAGAAAACUUAAAAUUAAAUGUUGUCCUCAUAGUCGUCCUCGUCCUUGAGUCUAAAGCCCUCUAAUAUGUUCUGAGGGAUUACCUGGACACAAAUUUGUAGUGACUUUCCAGUAUUCAUUUGUUAAAAUAUCAAAACAAAUACAUGUAUUUCCCGCCAUUUGCAAGCGUGACCUUGUGACGGAUUUGCAUCCCAUUCAGGGAAAGAAGGAAUGGUUCCCUGUGCAACUGUGGGGUAAUCCUGUGGCUCAUGAACAUGCCUGUUUGUAUCUUGUUCUGACAAACUGGCCUAUAAACAGACAGAAAAAUGUCAACAUUCACUAGUUAACAUAACGCUUGAUUUUUUCCUGAAGGGCCCAAUUGAAAAGAAAGCCAACAGCAGACUCUCGGCCGUGAGGGUAGGCUUUCCUUUCCUUGUGGAUUUGAAUAAAACAGUAAAAUUCAUCAUACAUUCCGUCAUUUUAACGCAUACGCCUUUGAUGUAUAUGCAUGCUCAGUAUUGAUCUUAAGAUUAACCUUUAAAAGUUGUAUAUUUUGAGUCAAUUAAAGCCAUUCACUGUCUAUGCAAGUCCCUUUGUAAAGUCCCUGAGUAACUUCAAUGCUGAAUUUGGUAACAUUUCCUGGCAAUAUAUCUGAAAAUGGGAUUGUUGAAUACUAUAAUUAUUACCAUAUUUUACAUCCAGACCUAAAAAAUGCCUUCUUUGAUUGUGUCAGUUUUCUCUUUUUCUUCUGUAAAUUGAGAAUCGACCUUAGUUAAUUAUGGACAUGGAUAUACUGCGUGGUUCAGUUAUAUCAUUUACGUAUUGCUGUGCUCUCCUUGGCAUUUGAGGGGAAUUUCCAUUCUUAUUAGAGCACUUGAUUUAAAUUUAGCAAAUUUAUUCAUCACAGUAAUAAGAAUAGCUAAUAUUUUAUUUUAAACUCAUCAGAAUUUUUUGGAAAUACAGACACUACUCUCAAUCCUUUUGGUGCUUAUGUUGAUCAUAAUAGUAUGAUAUAAAAUUUCCACUGUCACCACAUUAUUUUAGUCACUGCUCAUCUACUUAAUAUAUAUACGUAACAGAACAUCACUUCCUGACAAAUAAUAGUUUUAUGUGCACUUUGAUCUUGAUUAAUUAUAUAACCCGUAACCUUACAACACAAAUUGACAAUUUUUUAACCAUUACUGAUAAAAUUUUAUUUUAAAGGAAAAUAAUUAUAUAGUUAAACAAGAUUAAUGGGCAUUGACCAUUUGAAAUUCACCAUAGUGUUCAUGAAAGCUUUCACUUCAUUGCAAAAUUAUGUGGUAAGGUUUUUCACAGAUUUGGUCAGUAAAAUAUUACAUGCUUUAGACAGCACCACAGAAAAACACUACUUGUAAUAAGUACUUUAUAAAAUGUUCACACUGAGGAUUUGAUCCAUACAAAGAAAAUUAGGAAGAAGCAUGAACAAUUUUUGGUCAAAGUUAAGAGUCUUACAAGUUUGAAAUGUAUAACAGUUACCUACACCGUUAAUGACAAUAAUGCUGUUGUUGUCUUUAGGUUCCGAAGGAGAAGGAUGAGAUGGUUGAGCGUGAAUUCAAUAGAUUGCUUGAAGCCACAUCAUUCCUUUCACAUCAACUAGACUUUAACUACAUGCACAGUAAACCAGUUUCAUUGGGACAUGCCCUGGAACUUGUCAUCAAGUAUGUUCCUACUUCUAUUUUAUUUUAAUUUAUUAGCUUCGCCUAUUACGUGAUAAGAGAGAAAAAGAAAAGAAAAAAAGAAUGAUAAUAAAUAAAUACUGAAACAAAGAAAAAUAAAUGUGACCUUCUCCAGGAAAACGUAAAUGUACACUGACUCUUUUUUGUGUAACGGGCAAAAACUCACGUCUGAUGAACAACUUGUUACGGCUUUUUAAAGCAUUUUAUAAAUUAACAGUUUGAUUAAUGCUUUUUAAUUUUAAUAAUUUCAAUUUUGAUACCUGUUUUUGUCAGAUAUUUUGGCAAUUUGUAUAGGUAAUAGCAUGAUUUGUAGUGAUAUUUGGCAUAAAUACGCCAAGUUAUAUUUUGAAAUUGUUAUAUGUAAUUUCACGAGCCAUUAGGCGAUUGAAAUUCGAGGCAAUUUGGAAAUAUCACGAGUGGUAUUCAUGCAAAAUAUCACGUAUAAAUCGUGCUAUUAUUUGUUUAAAUUAAGCUGAAAUACCACUGUUCUAAGCCAAUCAAAUGGCAGAAAUUUCUCAUGUAGUAGUAUAAGGGACUGAAUUUCUGUAGUUACCUUAUCAUUCAGGUUCGUAUGUUAUACAACUGAUUUGAUCUUUUGCUGCUAUUUGUUGAUUUUUAAGCCAAUACAGACAUAAGCUCUUAUGUUCUUUGUGAUUUUAAGUGAUCUCUCUAUCUGUUUGUCUCAAAUCAAUACAUUGUUCAGCUUGAACCUUAAGAAUUAGGUUUAAUGAUGAACAAAACUUACCGUGGCUCAUGCUUCAAACUUCCAAUCAGCAAACAAAAAUUAAUUCUAAUGACUUCUCCUAAUGUUUCGAACAUUUUCGAUGCAAAAUGCGAGCAACUUUUCCUAACGCCUUGAAUGGUUUUUCUAACGCUUUUAACGGCAGGUUAAAAAAUUCCAACAGUUUUCCAAAUGCUUCUAACAACUUCCAAAACUGUUUUAACGCUUCUCUAAUGGGUUGUAAAACUUUUAGCCAUUAUACGGAAAAAGUAUUUGUGUACGUUUUCCUGGAGAAGGUCACAAAUGCUUAAUUAGGCAGGGAUACCAAAACCGUGGUAAGCCAAUUACAGUGGUCCCAGAGCUUAAAAAAUGUGUAAAAAUAUAGUAAAUCUGCAUAUGACUAUUAAAAAGAACAAUGAAGAUGGACGGAGACAUUACGUGAAACAUUACAUGACGUCUGUGCGCGAGAAAGUUUGUGUAAGCGUGGGAGAAUGGGCAAGUUUAAUUUCUGACCAUGUGCAGUUGUCAUUAAGGCACUUGCACAUAAUAUUCAGUAUACAAUAUUCUGGUGCUGUUUUUUGCUCAAAUGACUUCAGAUCUAUGAAUAGGUGUGCAUUAUUGCUCAUAGUGUGCACUUUCUUGGGGUAAAUAUGAUUCUGUAACAUAAAACAAAACAAUAAAUUAAUGUAAGCUGGCAGCUUUGAAAAUUUCAUUUGUUUAGCUUGGGAUUCUUGUUUAUUAAAUUUUGUUGCUUUCAUUUUGUUUAUUUCUAUCAGGAUGCAAGAAAGACAAGUGAAGGAACAACAGAUCGAACAUGCGAAAAAGAUUCUUAAAAUUCAAGAGCAGCUCAAGUCAACUUUAGCACAGGUAUGCUGACCUCUGUUUCUUGUCCUUAACCAUCAGGACACAUUAUUAUAAUAGUAACUGUUGUUGUUGUCUCUGACUUUCUUUAGUGGGGUAGUUUCAUCUAAGGGACAGGUUCCAAACAUGUGUGCAACUUAAAAGUGUUUAUUGUUAUUUUUAUUGUGAAUGUUGACUGUGAAUGAAGUGGUUACCUCUGCAGUCUGCUGUGAAUCAUUCUCUUGUUGUGUUUCCUGAUCUUGUGUGUCAGGCAUCUAUGUUACUGGUCAAAAUUAUAUUCAGGUCAAAAUAUUUUAUCCUAGGUUGAUUUUAACUUGAACAUAAUUUUGCCUGUAACAUCUACACUUCAGUUACGGUUUGAGGUUAUUACAUUAUGUCUGAAGGGAAAGGAAUUUUUCCAUGCCCAUUACCUGUUGAUCAGCCUACGUAAUGCCUCAUAAAUUAUGUCUUUUUUGUAAUCCAGUAUGGAUCGUUGCAUUGCUUCCAGAUAAAUCCUUUUUAUUUUAUUUUUUUUUUAAACUGAUCAUGAUUUUCUGCGAUAUGCAAGAUUGUAAUGUACUGCUUGCAAAUGAACAAUGAUAAUCUGCAUUCCAUUUUAAUGUUUGCCUUAAGAUGGUUAAAACCAAAGAGAAAGUAACACAGACACACAAAGAAUAUCAAGAUGCACUAAAGAUCAAAGAACCAAGGUAAUAAUUUUUAUCAUAAUCAGCCACAUAAUCCUCUCAUUUUAGCUUAACGGAUUGCAUUUUGAGUUGGUAUUAGCCUUUGUUUGAUUAAAAUUCAAUAAUAUUCAUUAUUUUGAGCAGGAUCAUGUCAUUGUAACUAAUUACAUAUAGGGUUUUCUGCCUUGUCUCCAAACAUUCCAUAUAUAAUAUCCUUAAAUACAGCUACUGUACUGCAGUAGUAAUUAUUUGAUAAAGCUCAGUUGCUUUAGCCUCACGUUCCCAUCAAAUGUUUGUCACGUAACAAUAUCGGUUGACAGUGAAAAACAAAGUGUUAAAGGACUUGUUUCUGAAUUUAUUACAGAGACAUCACAUCAGAGUUCUUGGUGAAAAGCAAAUUUCGUGACUUGAAUGCUCUUUGUAGAGUAAGUGUUAAAUUUAUUUUGUUUGUCGUGAGUGCUGUAUAUGUUGUGGUUUGAAUAAUAAAUUAUUGUUUAACUAGUAUAAUUUUGUUUUCUCUGUUACACAUCAUGGUAAUGGCUAAGAGUUAAAGGAAGAUCAAAAAUUAAACUUUGGUUUGAAUUUUUUUAAAAAAGAAAAAUUUAGACCAUCGCCAACUCUUUUGAGUGUCGGUUCAGUAACAAUGAUGUGAUUUGAUGGAAAUAAUAGGUACCUACCCUGACCUAUCCCCAGUUUACUAACAUGUGGACCAGGUGUGUCAUCUUUGAAAAUGUAUGGACACAUCUUACUUGUUAAAUAAAAUGCCUAAAGCAUACUACACGGAACUGCUGACCAGAGAAAUUAACACCAAAACUGGCAAACAGAAUUAAAAAAACAAAGCAGCAAAGGGCAACUUUCGGUUCACAAAGAAACUUGGUUACUGGACUGACUUCUAUAUUGUAUUAUUUCACUUGGGCCUAGUGUUUUAAGAUUUUUUGGCUUGUAGAACAUAAAAUUCUGCCCAAUAUUUCUGGCCUCUAAUCUGGAGUCAAAAUGACUCCUUGCAGUCACAGAUUUUUUGGCAAAAUUUGCUCUAUUAUUAGUUUAACCUUAAGUGUGUGCGACCUUUAAUAUAACUAGGAAUAUGAUGAGCUUGUGGAGGAGCAACUGCGUAUUGAGGAAAGACUGGAGGAACUAGAAGAUAACCCACCAAGGUAUUUGUAACUUCUCUUUCUCUUACCAUGAAAAUGUAUGUUAAUUACCAGAAACACUUAGUACUGACCAGUACAUUGUCAUACCUUAUUAUAGGAAAUUAACGCUUCAUGAAUUAAGGCGAAUAGUGAAAAUUCACACUAAUUAUAGUUGCGUAAAUUUUGUUGAGUGUUAAUUGCCGCAACGUUAAUUAAGUGCAGCAUUAAUUUCCACGCUCUUAAUUUCCAUAGUAACCCCAAUUUUGGAACCUGUCCAGACAUUCUUGACACCUAAAAAAUAUUAACGACAAGCUUUCUUUCUUUCCAUUUACCCUUUAAUUUUCAUCUUUCACAAAAGCUAAGGCGAAGGUUUACAAUAUUUCGAGUUCACCUUCAUCGUUGUCGUUGUCAGAAGUGAUGUCAGCUCAGUUUUGUUCAGUUUUGAUUUUUUUUUCAUCCAACUGAAACAAAUUUGUUCCAGUUGUCUCCACCAUCUGUGUCUUAAUCGCGUUAAUUUCCUUUAUUAUGAAAUUCUACCUCCUCUUUCGUGUUAAUUUUCUUAAUUCGAAAGUUGUUUUCCAUUAAAUUCGCAUUAAUUUAAGUUGCGUUAAUUUCCUAUAACAAGGUAUUAUCAGCUUGAGAUUUAGAUUAUCAUACAUCACAUCAAUCUUAAUAAUUUGUGCAUAUUACACAAAUUAAUGUAGCUUUCAUACCACUUAUUCAACCCAUUAAUCACGGUGAAGUUCUGUAAUGAUAUUCUGCCUAGUUUUAGUUACAUUUUCCCUUACCUACAUGUAUUAUGUUACACACACAGCAGUUUUACUGUGGUGUUAUCGAGAACACAGCCACAGCUGUUUUAAUUUAUUAUUGUUGUUGAUUAUUUUUUAUAGUGACGUUUACUUAUCAUCAAGAGAUCGCCAGAUUCUAGAUUGGCAUUUUGCUAAUUUGGAAUUUGCAAAUGCCACCCCUUUGACAGCACUGUCACUUAAGCACUGGGAUCAAGAUGAUGACUUUGAGUUCAAUGGUAGUCACAUGACAGUGCGCAAUGGUUAUUCCUGCCUUCCUGCUGCGUUAGCCGAGGGGCUUGACAUUAGGCUCAACACAGCUGUUAGACAUGUCCGCUACAAUAGGACUGGUGAGAAAUAACAAUAAUUUAAUCGGCCUCUUUACGUGUACUAGCGAGUGUUGUUUUGUCAUGGAUUUUCCAUCAAAUCAUUGGUUUUUCAACAAAAUUGUUCUAUAUGAGGAAUUGUUUUGCUGAUUACUGCCACAUGUACUAGUGAGCUCGAGCAACCACAAUGACAACAAAGGAAAGAGGGAAAACUAAAAAGCAACAUGUUAGAUGUGCACCACAAAGACUUUUUGGAAGAUUCCUUUAACAUUAUUUCAUGACUAACAUUGUCAAACAUGAUCGGAAAUACGGCAAUGCAAUGGUUGCUUUAGUCCCUAAGAUAAUUGUUGUUUCAUCAAUAUCGAUUGUUGCAAGUUCAAUUUCAUCAGAAAUACCUGUAGAGAGGCUCUUUAAUCACAUCAGAGGACAUUUUUAAUAUCUGCUAUGCAUGUUGGAGGGGCUGUUGGUCAGUAGAGACAGUGGGCUUGAGACAUAAUAAUUAUGGCAUACUAAAUGCAGUCACCUAAAGGACCUAAGGAGGGGUUCAGAGCCACCUUACUAGUUCAAACGUCUAGCAAUUCACAUAUUUCUAGUGUGACAUUAAGCUUGGGAAAACAAUAAAUUUUAAUGAAUUUAAAUUGAAUUGUUAUUAGGUGUGGAAAUAGUAACUCAGAGCACUAGUAAGUCUUCAAUCACUACAACACAGACUUUUAAGGGAGAUGCCGUGUUGAUAACCCUGCCUCUUGGAGUACUCAAAAGUCAUCCAUCUGGCGUGCAAUUCCAACCUCCCCUCCCAGAGUGGAAAACUGCUGCUAUUCACCGGAUGGGGUUUGGAAAUCUAAACAAGGUUAGAGUGUAUUACAGGGGGACCUCCAGAUAACGAACCUCUAUAUAACGAAGUCCUUGGGUAUAAUGACAGUAGAACCCCGGUUACUUGAACCCUGAAGGGAAAUGAAAAACAGUUCGAGUUAGUGGGGAAUUUGAGUUUUCAGCGUAAAUUUCAGAGAAACUUUGAUCAAGGGAAAGGAAAUUUAGUUUGAGUUAGUGGGGAAUUUGAGCUAUCCGAGUUCGAGUUAUUGAGGUUCUACUGUAUAUGAAAAAAAGACCUCAAUUUAAUGUUACCUUGUUAUAGCGAACAAAUCUUGCCAGUCCCUUAGUCCUUUGUUAUAUCAAGGUUACACAGUAAAAUCUAUAAAAUCAGCAACGUAGCGUACUAUAAAUAAAUAUAAAUAAAUAAUGCCUUUAUUUAACUAGGGUGACACUAAAUAGCCUAAGGCUAAUAAACUUGUGGCCCUCAAAACACAAUCCUACAAAAAUGUAAUAUCUAUACUAAUAAAAACACUAAAAAACUAUUUACAAAGUCUAGGUAUAAAAAGAUCAUAGAAUAGAUGUUAAAAAAAUAGAGACUAUUAUUUACAAUUAAAAAUAUGUAUUAAUUAUUAAAAUGAUGCAAUAGUUGCUGAGUUACUAGGUUUCUUUGUUUUGUUACUUUUCUGAAUGCUAUUUCUUGUUUGUAAACUUGAGGGCCACAAUUUUAUUAUUAUUAUUAUUAUUAUUAUUAUUAUUAUUAUUAUAUUAUUAUUAUAAUUAAUAGGAGUUUGUACCGUGCAGUUUCUAUGAAAAUAUUCAACUGCGCCUUACAUAAGAAAUUAGUUAAACAUGGAAAAUAAAACCUAAAUUUACAAUGCUAAAAUUCCUAAUUAACAGCCUUACUAAAUAAGAAAGUUUUAAUUAGCUUUAAGGCUGUUAAGGAUUUUCCUCUUGCUUAUUGAGUUGUGGAGCAGGGGUGGUACGUUGUUCAGAGCAUUAGCUUCACACCAUUGUGGCUGGAUUCAAAUCGUGGUGUCAACAUCAUAUGUGGAUAGAGUUUGUUGUUGGUUCUCUCCCUUGCUAUGGAAGGUUUUUCUAUCAUUACCCUGGUUUUUCUCCUCUCCUCAAAAACCAACAGUUUCAAAUUCCAAUUCGACCUGGAAUGAUAGACAAGGCACUUCUUUGUGAAUGUGCUAUCUCUAAACUGUUAUUUCUUUAUUUAUUUAUGCCAACUUUCUUAAGCAAGCGACACUGUUUUGUUCACUGCAGGUGGUUCUCUGUUUUGAUCGAGUUUUCUGGGAUCCCAACACAAAUCUUUUCGGCCAUGUUGGAAGUACAACAGCAAAUCGCGGAGAGCUUUUCCUCUUCUGGAAUCUGUACAAGUCACCUGUUCUUAUUGCACUUGUUGCUGGUGAGGCUGCCAAUAAGCUGGAAGAUGUGUCAGAUGAAAUCAUUGUAGGAAGUGCCAUUGCUGUGCUGAAGGGAAUAUUUGGAAGCAGUGCAGUGCCACAGGUUUGUUGUUAAUAGUUUGAUUUGACCCCAAGAUAUAAUGCACGAUGAAGUUGUUAAAACUUUUGAUCUCUUUCCUUGAAGAAUAAGAUAGUGAGCAAAUGUUGGAGAUAUUUGCAGGAUUGAACUUUGUUACGAAAUUUACAGUAGUCACAAAAUUUUGCAAGAGUGCUUCAAAAAUUGCGAAAAUGAUGAAUUAGUUUUGCAAAUUGUGCAGUUUUCGGAAGGCCAUCACAAAAAAUAUUGUUAAUUAAAACUAAUCAGUAACGAUUCAAGCUCCGAAUAUCAAUCAAGGAACGAAAUUGGAACACUUUUAAAACCAUUUGUAAAUUUCAUAGCGGAGUUAAGUCUGAAAUGUCGUACGUCUCCACUCCCUAACCCAUGGGGGGCUCGGGGGAGAGAUUUCUGAAUUCCGAGUGUCAUAAUGUUGUCCGGUAACAUCACCUACUUUUGCGAAUAUGGUAGGUAUUUUCUGAUUGGCUAUUACCUUUCCAAAAUAAAUAACUUUCUAUUAUUGGCUGAAUGCACUAAGGGAAACAUGGGGUUUGACAGGAUAAGUGAGACUAAUGACUGUUGUGUGAAACGUGACCUUAGAGUUAACCUCUCUACCCAAAGUGAAGGCUUGAACCAUGGUAGCAACUGAUGACAAACCUUUUAAUUCUGAAAUUGCAGUCUUGCUUUAGGCACUUGUAACAAAAAGUGCACUACCGGUACAGUUGUGUAGACUAUUAAGCUAAAACAAAAGUAAUUACCAACAGAGGAACUGUAGGACAUCACGCUCCAGAUCACAUUAAAAAAUAUUAUUAUUACUCUAAAUGCAUGAAACAGACUAGCUUCAUGACCUCCAAAUGGUAGACUCAGGGCAGUAAAAGUAAGAUUGCUCAGUCAGAGUUUAAAAUACUCCCUAAAUACUGCAUAGUCAUAAUCAUAGCAUUAAUUUUUGUCCACAGCCUAAGGAGACAGUGGUAACGCGGUGGAAGUCAGAUGAAUGGUCACGGGGCUCAUACUCAUAUGUGGCAGCUGGCUCUUCAGGAAAUGACUAUGAUUUAAUGGCUUCCCCAGUAGCCCCACCCUUAGUAACAGGAAUGGCACCAGGAACCCCCUCCCCACCCAACCCCCCAAGGGUUUUCUUUGCUGGAGAGCACACAAUUAGGAACUAUCCUGCUACAGUUCAUGGUGCCCUACUGAGUGGUUUAAGGGAGGCUGGCAGAAUUGCCGACCAGUUUUUAGGACUUCCGUAUGAAGUAAAUAGAGUGGGGCAGGCUCCAAUGACGCAAGGUUGAAACUAAGAGGCAAGCUUUUCCUAUUCCAAGAAAGCAACGUGGAAGAAGCCAGUUUCAGGCAAGCUGAAACUGGUUAGAGCUGCUAUGUUCAAAACAGACUUUAUUAAAACCACUAGCAUGCUAAAAACCUUACAGUGUAGAGGGGAAUCUUUGUUGGUGUCCCCGUUUAAAAUGUUUCCUCAUUAAGCAUGGAAUGGAGAACAAAGCCUGGUACUGGCUGGCAGUCUCCAUUAAUGUACAUUUAUACUCGUCUGAUUUGUGGAAUAUUCUAUUGUCAUUAUAUUUUGGGUUCAUUUCUAAAAAACAAACUGAAUGUGAGAUAUAAAGCUUAAAGAUUACGAAGAAGCUCACGGGCUUUUUCUCACUAGCUUCUCACUAGUGCUAAUUAUCAACGAAGCAAAGAGAUCAACAGACUUAGGGGCUUGUAUGCUUUGGCUUUUGAAAGCCUUGACUGCUUCAGUCAUACAUGGUUGUUGUAAGCUAAUAUACUUCCAUGAGUUGACCUUGUCAAUUUUUUUGUGUGUUUAGAGCGUUUUAUAGAAGGAUUAAAGUAACUUUGUUUUCUUGAGGUGAAAGAAAUUAACCCCUCUUUGUAGGACGUAAAUAUUGCUUUUUGUUGAUACUAAAUUUUAGACACCAGCUUUCUCUCAGAAGUUUAUUUAGACAUGCUGGGUCUCAGUAGCCUGUUUUUUGUGCCUGAAAUAGAUUGACAGUUAUUAUAUUCCAAUCCCAGACCUUCAACUCGCCGUACCUUUUUGCUUGUUCUUGACUCUUGUGAAUAGUACGAAAUUAUCAAUGAUUAUGGUCAGAUGUUGCAAAAAAAUGUGAUGAUGCAUGUAUAGUCGCAGAUGUUCUUUAUUGGUUAGAGUUACACAGGAGAGACGUCCAUUCAAAAAAUAGUUAUUUAAGGAUACACUUUGUUUUCUCACACCAUUCAUUUUCGCAAACGUUUUCAGUAUCAAAUACAGUUAGGUUUCUACCUUCUUUUAACACUGUACCAACAAAAUGGUUAUGGUUGUCAUUAGGGCUAUAAGGCUGAUAUAUUAUAGCAUUUUCGUUUUCUGUCUUUUCUGCUCUUUUUU